AUGUUCAAAUCUGUCAACUGGACCGGUCGUUGUGGGAGCGAAGACGUUUCGCUGCCCGUCCGCGCCGUUUCUUCAGUUCGAAAAAGCGAAACGUCUUCCCUCCCCCCGCAACGAUUCGUCCGCUACGACGACCGUGACACCGACCUGUUCCUCUGCGACACAAACACCUGCAAGUUCGACGGAGAGUGCCUGAGGAUCGGCAACAUGGUCACCUGCAUCUGCGACUUCAAGUUUUAUCGAGCGACGUUGAAGAUUCCAGCUGAAGAUCUUUUUUGUAAACGACCUCAAGACGACGGCGCUGUAGGAAAAGUCCCGUCCCCGCCUGUCCCGUCCCCGCCUGUCCCGACCCCGCCUGUCCCGUCCCCGCCUGUCCCGACCCCGCCUGUCCCGUCCCCGCCUGUCCCGUCCCCGCCUGUCCCGUCCCCGCCUGUCCCGUCUGUUCGCUCCAGCAGGGUUUAUGGGUUGAUUAUUCUGGAGGACGUGACCCGCAGAGGGACUGACUUUACUGCAGUUUUGGGAAGAGGAGAGGGCUCCACUGAGACGGUGCAGAAGGAAACCUCCACCUGUGACAUCUGUCAGUUUGGAGCCGAGUGUGACGUCGACGCAGAGGACGUGUGGUGUGUGUGUAACAUCGACUGCUCGCACAUCUCUCUGAACCCCGUGUGUGCGUCUGACGGUCGUUCCUAUGACAACCCCUGUCAGGUCAAAGAGGCGUCGUGUCAAAAACAAGAACGAAUCGAAGUGAGACACCUCGGCAAGUGCAGAGUUUACGAGGGAGAUCUGGUGCCCGGGAUCAAACCUGGAGAUGGACACUACGCCCGGACAGACCUGACAGUGGAGGAGAAGGAGGAGGCGAGGAACGGUCAGGCGAGGGGGCUGUAUAUUCCAUGUCCAGAUCACUACAAAAACUACUGCAUCCACGGAGAGUGUCAGUACCCCAGUGUACUCGCCCCGCCCUCCUGCAGCUGUCACUCUGGCUUCAGUGGUCCUCAGUGUGAGACUAAAGAAUAUAACGUUCUCUACGUGGUGCCUGGUUCGGGCAAACUUCACUACGUCCUGAUCGCGUCCAUCAUCGGGGCUCUGCAGGUGGUCAUCAUCUGCGUCGUGGUCCUCUGCAUCACCAGGAAGUGCCCGCGGACCAAUCGGAUUCACCGCCAGAAAGCCAACAACGUUCACUUCAGCUCCGAGAACACAAUGCGCGCUUCCACCCGCCUCAUCUGAGCCUCAAGUCCGGACCGGAACUGAAACCAGGACUGAACCAGGACUCAACCAGAACUCAACCAGGACCGGGCCAUAGCACCAGGAACCGCCGGACUGGAAGAGGGUUAGAAACUUCUGUGUGUGUAGACCAAAACCCAAGCUAAAGAUGACCCCGGGGGGAGACCUGAAGAGACCCGGAGCGAGACCGACGGACCGGGACCGUGGAUUUGGACCCGGGUCUGGAUGAAAACCCGGACUGGAGCGGGAUCGGGAUGGGGGGGGGGGUCGUGUUUGGGUUGAGUGUUUGUGUGUGGUAGCGGAGUCUGUCCACUGUAGACUAAAAACAGGCGUAGAGUCGGGCUGGACACAAGACCAUGAAAAACUGCGCUGUUUAUUUUACAUUUCCACAUAAAUAACUCCGCGAAUCGACUUACGUAAGUGCGGACAACGUGGUGUUAGUCCAAAAAAAAAUCAGUAGCAGAGUGGUCAGCCUCGCGGGAAGGAGGUCCGAGGUUCAAUUCCCAACUUAAGUCGAACGUUAAAGCCCCUGUACCGGAUUUUCCCCCCGUGUUUUUGAGCAAAAUGUCUCGCCCAAGUACAGAUAUAUUUGGUCGAAAUACGUCUGCCGUGUCCUGCCUGCAUCCAGUCGUAAAAAUAGAACGUUUUGUUGUCUGAGAAUCAGGAAAUGCACUAUGAAAUGCAUGCUAGUUGUUGUUAGCUUUACCGUGACGACAAAAACUCCACUCUGGUCUCCGAGUCGUGCUUAUAAACUCAUCGUGGUGAAUAAUUAGGAUGUUAAGUGAGGAAUAACCGCGAACUGUUUAAAAUGAGGUCUGUUUUUUCGCGUUUUUUAAGACGGUGAAAAUCGGGUACAGAGACUUUAACCGGUGAAAGUGAACGUUAAAAAAAGUGAAGUAUUACGACAGCCGCGUACGUACCGAUCCACAACUUCAUAUUUUGUACAAACCAGCGAAAAGUUUCAUUUAUUUGCGGGUUUUUUUGUGUUGCUCCGCGUUUAAACGACCUGAACGUUGCCAAAUACUGAUCCCAUCCAAAGACAAAGAACUCCUGGUCUUCCACACGGCUAUAAUUGUAAUUGUAAAAGUGUGAGCUCACUAUCUGGCAACGCGUCGACGUUUUCUUUGCCUAAAAAUUUAAAUAAACGUCAACAGGAACAGCAGUGGUUCUCAACGUGCGGUGAACGGGUUUAGAUUGAUGUUUGUGAACGUAAAAAACGGAUAAAAGUGAGAAAGAAGCCACCGUUUAUGUUUGAAAAUAAAAAAUGAACUGUUUUAAGCAGAUGGUGCAUAGACUGGAUUAAAGUAAGUUUAAAAAAAAGGCUAAAAACCCAAAGGAACACGUCUGAAUUACCACCUGAUGACAUCACAAGGUGUAACGGAGUGUCGUGAGCUGCGCAGGAGGAGAAACUGAAGCUGCAGGUUUACGGAAACGUGUGUGAAUGAAGCAAAAUGCAAGUCCAGGGGAUGUUUCUGAGGAGAAUAAUGCACCACAACAGGGUUAAAGCCCCACUGCGGGACAUUUUCUGACAUUAGAACAACGAUAAAAGCGAAAAAAAAGAGUAAAUUUAGCUGAAAUUUGUGAGCUUUAAAGUCUUGAGAACCACUGUGCGUUGCCAUGUUGGUCAAAUAAACGGAUUUUAGUCUUUUAAAAACGGGCAAAGUGUUUUUGUCGGAGCAGAUUGUCGUGUGUCCAGCCCCCGUUGUGUCUCGGGUGUGGGGGGCGGGGUUAGGGCUUUUUUGGAGGGGGGGUGGGGACUCGGUCGGGGUGGGCGGGGUUAGGGGCGGGGACAGGGGGUAGGGGGUUUUCCACGUGAUGCCUUGCACCUUGUGUUCAUAUAGAGACCUGCAGUUUAGAGCCGUGUGUCGCGUCGUGGGUCGAUUUCAAUAGUUACUACGGUGUCUCGGUGGGGUCAUUUUUCUGUAAAUGUAAAUAAAUAAUUU